AUGCACCAGGGAAUGAAGGAGCCUCAGCACAUAAACCAUAGACAGAAAUCCCAGCAGUACAACCCCGAGAAGAUUGCGCAACUAGAUCAGCGAUUUUACCGCCUCCAAGAAUCGGUUGUUCCGAGACAACCAUACCUCCUCUCGGUUCCCUCAAGCGUGCCAUACCGACACAGUUCACGCUUCGUAAACACCUGGUAUGAAGGCACACCUUUCGAGCGCCACGAAGAACAACUGCAGUACUUGAGUUUUUUCGCGCAUCAGGGCGAACACGAGUCACUCUUAAAGGUAGAAGGCGGGUGGGCAGAUGAGCAAGGACACCCUAUCGAAGACGAAGUCUCUCCGCGAACUGUACCUGCAAGCGGUCGUAAUACACCUGCCGAGCCUGGACAUCGCAAGAAGAUCAGCUUGAAGGAUUACAAGACCAAGGGCAAGAGCCCGCUUACGCUGCAACCACGCUCACAGCCGUUGCAGUCCCUGAAGGAAACAGAGCCGCCAGGAGCAUCGGACGCCGAGGGGCAAAACGAGGUGAAACCGGCUCAGAUCAACGCGGAAAGAGUUGUUAUUCCACAGAAGACAGACAUAGAGCAACUAGAUUUGAGGUCAAAAGUGGCACCACUGAGCAUUCCUGGCUCAUCUCAAAGCCCUGCCAGAGGCCAACCAGAGAACAGUCCAAGUCCAGUGAAGAAACGGAAGCUAUCACCACCGUUUGAAGCGUCCAAACCUGCUACACAUCCACCGAAGGGUGAAGCUACGCCUUCCACCAUGGCCAUGCCGACCCUGUUGUCACCAACCCUGCCCCCGCCGGAGCACGAGACAGGGCUCCCCCAACUCUUGUCGCCCAUUUUACCACCCACUCUUGCGAAAGCACUAUCAAACUCUCCACCGUUUCUCGGCAGUCCAGCCAACGGUUCACAUCAGCGGACGGAUUCUGUUCGCUCGAUUCUUGCCGGAGUCGACCUUGAUAACGAUCCUCUUCCCGACAAGAAUAAACUAGCACCUACGGGCGGCCGAGUUCGGUCAGACAGUGCUCACUCGGCCCGGAGCUCGGCCCCAGGCACCCCAAGUGCCAGUAAAAAUCUUCUCGGCUCGAAGGUCUUGUCCAAAAACGGCAUCAGGCCUGGAACACCUGUGCUGAACGGAGCUCGGGCAAGUCCUGGACCUAGACAGCGACAUACAAUCAUUCUCAAAUACGGCAAGAAGAACCGAAAGAGAGUCGAAGCGCUUCUUAAAUUCCAGUCACGCCCGAAAAAGGAAUCGGUCAAGCAAGAACGCGUGGGAACCCCCGAAAUCAAGCCCAAGCGUGAAGGGAUCAAACAAGAAGAGAAAGACGGAGGACAGACUCCAGACACGAAAUCUACCAUCUCCGUGGGGGAUGAUGUCAAAGUUGAGAAGAAGCGCAAAGCUGAAGAAAGCCCGGGUCCGGCGAUCAAAAAGUUGAAGUCUGCAAACUUGAACGCCGAAGAUGUGAAGCGACCAUCUACGCCCGUGCCCACUGCUGGCAAGUCACCUCUUCCGUCUCAAACCAGAACCACUUUCUCUACGCCCAAGAAGGAUUUGAAGUCGUCUGCAAUGAGGCGAGUGGAAUCCACAGACGGUGUGGAUGUGCCAACUCCGUCCGGAGACAAGGGUCGCGUGUCCACACCUGUCUCGAGCCUCAAACCAUCACCACAGCCAAACGCCUCGAGCACCAGAGAAGAGGAACGGCAGCAAUGGUCCAUUGUGAACAAUAAAUACUUCGCGAUGGGCCGAAGUCUGAAGCAUGAGGGCACUUCUAUGCUUUCAUCUUCUGAAGCCAAUCCCAAAUCAAUACAGGUCACCAAAGCAGUGGUCCUUGUGGUCGAGGCACUGCUUUGUUUCAUCAUCAACACUUAUGCGCGAGGAAGAAGCAGACCAGGUGCGGACCCGGAUUGGCGAUCCAUUUUGCCCUAUCACAUUUUUGUAUACAGGCAGUCAAGGAAAUAUCCACACCUUCACGGGUUGGUUAUGCAACUUGGUGCAGUAUGUCGGCAGCAGAUACAGAAACACGACCUAGACAAACUGGCUCGAGACCCAUUGCCAGACGAAUACUGCAGUUCAGCCCCAACGCCGAGCAGCGAUGGCAACACGAAGACCAAUGAAGACGUGGAGAAGUACAAGAAGCGAUACACCCAGUUCCGGGACGAUAUGAUUCACAAUAUCCGUGAGCUGCAGACUGCUUGGCUGGACGGUUUCAGACACCUUUCCCCUGAACUCCUGAGACGAGAGUAUCCGACUACCUGGUCGAUGAGGGCGAAGGAUGCGACAUUAAGACUGCAGGAAAAGCCAUCGCCAUCGAAACUACCGAAAGACUUCUAUCUGCCGAUGGACGCGAAUACGACACCAUUGGAGGCUGCGAGAUUUGGGCUGGCGUUCCUCACGGAAUGGGCUGGGAAGGAGAAGAUCGACUGGAAGACAAAGAUCGAUCUAUGA